CGCGGUUGAGGUCUAUUUGCCUAUAUUUUAAAAGAAAAAUACCAACAAAAGCAUCAGAAUUUAUGGCUCCUCAAGCAUUUUGAUAUCAUAAAGAGCGUCGAUAUGAGCUAACCGCUAGCUAAAUUAAUUCUGAUUGGGUGUGAUCUGCGCCAACGAAAUCUAAGCUUUGUCCUAUUUUUGAGGUUAAUAUAUAUAGCCCUACUAUAAGACCAGCACAUCGUAAGAUGUGACUCAUUGUCACUACAGUGACCAUCAGCACGGCCAAUGGGAGAAAUCAGUUAAAAACAAGCCUGUAUGAACAUUUAUAUUAGUGUACAUUAACAUGCGAUCUGCCAGUUUCAAUAUUGUUUAAUAGAGUUGGAAUAUUGUUGUCGAAAUUUUCUCAACGAAGUCUUCUUUGGCGAGAACCGCCUGAUUUCGGCCAAAUUUUGACCCCUCAGAUGCUGCAUAUCUUCAUUUUACUGGCAUUCGCCGUCGCGCCCUUGACUCAGCCUGGCCUGACAGUGGUCUCCGGUGAGUACAGCUCCAACCCGUUACGUGUUGAACAGACAGGAAGCCAAUAUCGGCAGCCUCGACGCAGCCGACGCUCCGCAAGUGAUGCUUCGCAUUAUUUAGGCCACGGGCGUCCUCCAAAAUUUUCCGUGCAUUUUGAUCAAGAGGAAUUGAUCUCGGACGGCUUCGCAAAACGCCGACUAGAAGCCCUCAAAGACUUAGUGAGCCUUCAGUUUCGUUCGCAGAUUAUCGAAGACAAUAAACCGCGGGCCGUUGUCAGAAAAAAGGCGCCACUAUUUCAUCGCAAUAAGCACAGCGAAUUAAAAGAUUUUCACAAUUACGAACAAGAUUUUGACCUUUCCUACACGACCGACUACAAAGAUCUGACUGCUGAGGGACCAGAGGAUGCGUCAGAUGGUGGCGUUGCGCAAGGGGAAAACUCUCAGAAUAAUAUUCCUGAAAAACUCGCAAUAAUACUUCAAACUGCGGCGAACACCAGAUGGAGGCCACGGAUUUUCCACUCUAUACGUACAGCGAGCAGCACAUCGAAGCCAGAGACUCUGGUAUCUACUCGAGGCUCUAAAAACGAGUUGAAACAAACUCCUACUACUGAAGUCGAAUCGUUAAUACUUGGCAGUUCUAGCGAACAUUUUGGCGACAAAUCUUCUAAUCUCAGUAUCCUUUUAAAACAAUUAUCGUCAGGUGCAAAUUCACCUUUGACAACUUGGUCGAAGAAGGGUCGACUUCGAAGCAAUGAUUCGCAGGACACAAAUCACAGCAGGCCGCAGUUUGUUCUCUAUGCUCCAACAACAAAUGGUUCAGCUAAAACGCAGGACGAACCGCAAACUCCUAACGAUAACGUAUUUCCUAUCCUCGGCGCGAUCCUGAAGAUCGGUGCUCUGCCUUCGGGAACGCAACAGGCUAUAGGAUGGUAUCUGAUUCAUGCGAGCUAUAUAGAUAUUGUCGCUCUGAAGAACGAUCGCGGCAAGGUGGUUUGGAUGGAUCUACAGGUGUCAUACGAAGAUCCCGAGAGACCAAAAAACCAAGCGAGCAGACCUUUAAAGAUUGCUUUCGAUAAAAGGGUACUAUUACCAAUAACCCUUGCGAUGCUCCCAAUCGGGUUAAUCUGGAUUGGACGUUAUAUAGAACUAAUGGGAUGGUGGAAUGCCCCCUGAUGAGAUAGAAGGCGAGCAUAGUCGGACCUAAAAAGCAAUUUCUUUACGCUGUUCUUACUCAGCGAACGGUGUACGGAAACUCAGCCAUCAAUUAGUUGAAUUGAUAUCCAAUAAA